UGACCUCUUGCAUUCCUUGCUUUCGUUCUCCUUGCGUUUCGGAAGUUUGUCGUAGUUAAACGCGUUAAAUCAUUGGUUGAAGAGGCCAGAAUUGUUGAUUACCGUGAAACUAUUGCAAAAUGUCCCUUGCUGAUGAACUCCUAGCAGAUUUGGAAGAAGCUGCCGAGGAAGGUGACGUGGAUUUCAGAGAAAACGAAGAUGGCAUCGAAGAAGCAAUGGAAAUUUCAGGCUCGAUAGACACAGAUUCAAAGUCUGUUAAAAGUGUUGCGAAACUAAAAGACAGUAAACAGCUAAAUGACGUUCUGUCUGGGAUCGAAGAAUUCGAGAAUCAAUCCCGUGAUCGAGUGUUUGGUCCCGUAGAAGUGGACCCUGAGUAUCAGCUGAUUGUAGAAGCUAACAAUCUUACCGCUGAAAUUGAUAACGAGGUCACUAUUAUUCACAAAUACGUACGAGAUCUUUACGUGAAACGUUUUCCAGAGCUGGAAUCACUCGUUCCCAAUGCGUUAGAUUACAUUCGUACUGUUGAACUGCUCGGGAACGAUCUCGAAGCUUCAAAAGUUGAUUUGACAGAUAUUCUCCCACCAGCCACCAAAAUGGUGGUUAGUGUUACAGCUUCAACGACGCAAGGGGAAAAGCUUGAAGAGGAAGAGAUCGAGCGUCUCAUGGAAGCUUGUCAAACUGUUACUGAUUUGCUGGAUGCUAAGUUUAAAAUUUUCCAGUAUGUUGAAUCCAGAAUGACUUUCAUUGCACCCAAUCUAUCAGUCAUAGUUGGGGCAUCAACUGCUGCUAAACUCAUGGGUUCUGCUGGUGGGUUAACAAGUUUGUCAAAAAUGCCAGCUUGUAAUGUUCUUUUGCUAGGAUCCCAAAAGAAGACACUGUCUGGGUUUUCUAGUGCAGCAAUAUUGCCACACACUGGACACAUUUAUUUCAGUGAGUUUAUCCAGGACAUGCCAGCUGAUUUGAGAAAAAAAGCCGCUAGAGUGGUGGCAUCAAAGUGUUCCCUUGCUGCAAGGGUGGACGGUUUCCAUGAGAGCACAGAUGGAUCUGUUGGACAACAGCUCAGGGAGAAUAUUGAGGGGAAAUUUGACAAGUGGUUGGAACCACCACCUCUUAAAGAAACCAAAGCUCUUCCAAGACCAGAUGACGCACCUCGUAAAAAGCGAGGUGGCCGAAGAGUGCGGAAAAUGAAGGAAAAGUUUGCUAUCACAGAGAUGAGAAGGCAGGCUAACAGAUUAGAAUUUGGCCAGAUUGGUGAAGAUGUCUACCAGACUGAUCUGGGAUUUUCUGUUGGGACCAUGGGUAGGAAAGAGAACACUGGGCGUGUACGUACACCUGCUGUUGACAAGAAGACGCAAAUAUCCAUCUCUAAACGUCUACAGCGGAGUCUUGCACAAUCUCAGAGUUUGGGUGGUCAGUCAACAGUUCGCCGAGCUGUAUCAGGGACAGCUUCCAGUGUAGCAUUUACUCCUCUCCAAGGACUAGAGAUUGUCAAUCCCCAGGCAGUGGAGAAGAAAGUAGAAGAUGCAAAUGCUAAGUAUUUCUCCAGUACUGCAGGAUUCUUCAAGGUCCAGAAAAAAUAAAGAGAGAUUGUGAACCAGUUUAUGUAAAAAACAAGCAACAAAAUGUUCUUUUGCUUCAGUUUAGGGUUAGACAAAGUAAGCAAAGUUAGCCCUAAACAUGGUUCUAAUAUCCCAUGUAAGGAAAAUAUAGGCAUAAUAGGCCUUUUGCAGCUAGAGAUCAUGUGCUUAGAUACUGCAUAGCAAUGCCACACUGGAGAGCAAGCACUCCAGUGAUCUCAGACAGUAUAGAGGUCACAGAGG